ACUUUAUUUACUGCUGGGUAGAAUGUGAAUUUAAUCCAGGUGUGUCUAGUUUAUCAUGAAUGUAGCCUAUCUGCUAAGUAAAUAAAAGUAGGCUACUAUUUACCUCUGAACUGCAGUGGAGUAGUACAAAGAAGCAACAUGGAAAUAAAUAAAUCAAGAAAAGUACAAGUAACUCAAAAGUGUACGUUAAGUGCAGUAGGCUACUUGAGUAAAUGUACUUAGUUACUUUACAGCACUGCCUACUCCAAAGUAAAAAUGCCCACAACAAGACACCAUCUGCGUGUCCUGCAGAAACUACAAACAGAUAACAACACAUGGUGGUUUAACAUUCUUCCUGUGUGCGGGAGAUACAUAGACUACUAACUAGGCCAACAAUAAACACUUAAAACUAGCUUAACGAUAGCCCCGUUGACUGCAAGCAAGGAGCAGUGACGCCUCGGAGUUCAAACAUCGCCCAACUAAAACAGCCUGCCCAGGUGCCUGAGGACAGCAUUCGACCCUUGAAUCCCACACUGCCAGUGGUUCCCCGGCCAGGCCGCCACAGAAGGCCCAUGACGGCUCCAAAGACUCCGAAAGAGAAGGCGUCUAAGAAGAAAAGAAUAAUUCUGACUGUCCUGGUUGUUGUGGUUUUACUGGGCAUACUAGUCACUGCAGCAUACUUUAUUAAGCAGCUGAUUGACAGCAAAUAUUUCUUCUGCAAGAGUUCCGUGAAGUUUAUCCCGAUAGACAAGGCCUGUGACGGGAAUAAUGACUGUUCUGGAGGAGAGGAUGAAUUGUCAUGUCUGUCAAGCUUUAAGGUCAACACUACCUUUCCAGUGCGGCUCAUGACAGCGCAGCAGGUCCUGCAGGUCUACAGUCCUGGCCCAGGUUGGCGGAGUGUGUGUAGCGACGACUGGGCCGAGCAACACACACAGACAGCAUGUAAACAACUGGGAUACACAUAUAAACCUAAAAGCACAAGUGUCAGAGUGGACACGUUGUUGCUUCCUUUGAAAACUGGACCAUUCACAGCUAUCAGGCCCGGGACUACAAAAACACCCAUUCAUCAGGCUACUAUAGACCGCAGUGUAUGCAAAUCCGGCUCUGUGAUUUCUUUGUCCUGUUCAGACUGUGGACAGGUGGGCUUUCAGGACCGUGUUGUCGGGGGUUCAGAUGCUUUCAUUGAGGACUGGCCCUGGCAGGUUAGCUUGCAACAGGGAGGCCAACACUCAUGUGGAGGCUCACUGGUGUCCCCACGUUGGAUUAUCACUGCUGCCCAUUGCUUCACUGGCAGUAAAAAAGAGCUGAGUCGCUGGAGAGUGGUGUCAGGCCGGACAUACAUAGGCACACUAGGAGGUUCCUAUGUGGACAGAAUCAUAUUAAAUGCAAACUACGAUCCAGCACGAAACGACUACGACAUUGCAAUGAUGAGACUGAGCAGCCCGAUAUCAGUGGGAGUGAGCCGCAAACCGGUUUGUCUACCUCCCAAAGCCUUUGGCCUUCCUUCCCAAGCCUCCAUGUCAGUGACUGGCUGGGGAUACCUGGAGGAAAAGGGUAAGGUUUCUCCUACACUUCAGAAGGCCUCUAUCCCUCUGAUAGGGCGGCUGAAGUGUGCCAGCCCCACAGUGUAUGGGAGUUCAAUAACCCAAAGAAUGAUCUGUGCUGGUUUCCUGGAUGGGGGAGUGGAUGCCUGCCAGGGGGACAGUGGGGGUCCUUUGGUGUAUUUCGCCUCCUCUCAAUGGCAUCUGGUUGGAGUGGUGAGCUGGGGGGUCGGCUGUGCACGGGAGAGAAAACCAGGUGUCUACUCCAACGUCGAAGAAAUGCUAAACUGGAUUCGAACAGUAGUUGAGAAAACCCCCUGAGGUCUGCCUUGGACAGCCUGUGAAACUCAAAGAAAUGUUUUGUUUCAAUGUGGAUGACUUAAGAGGGUAGAAAGAAGGAAAGAAAGGGAAAUUCAAAGAUCAUAGCAACACAAAAUAACUGUUAAACACAGCCAAAUGCAAAAACACUGCACACACACGGUUUCACACAAAAUGUAUUUCAGGUGUUUGUGCCAUUUCAGGUUCUUAUCUCAGGGGAAAAGUAUAUGUAUGUUAUGUGUUGCUGGCUAGUCGGAAAUGUUUUUUUUAAAUCAACAAUGUAGUCAUUUGACAGACCAAAUGUACUGAUUAUGCGUUUUUAAAUAAAGCUGGUAUCAAAUGUGAAUAUAUUUGACCACUGGUUUUGACAAAAGGACUUAGCAAUAACUGUUCAAACUCUUGUAAUUGUGUAGAGUUUGGACCUCACCAGACUGGCAGACCUCAGACAUAAUGUACUUGAUUACUAUGUGCUAUGAUUUUAGUUUUGCCAUGUGUUAUGAUGGGUUUAUACAAUUAAUGGCAAUAGGCGAGAAACAGGGUAAACCUGUGCCAAAUCCAGCAGAAUUCAGUGUGUCAGGUUAUGUCACCAAUAUAAGUGAUCACGUUUAUGGUGCUUAUUCAAUUGAUCUGAUGGCUGUCCCUUAACGCACCUUUUUACAGCAUUGACAUGUGCUUGCAUUCUUCUUACAGAUUGUUUUACAUGAGCACUUUAAUUGAAAAUUACUUGACUAUGUAUGCCCAUAUCAUUUAAUUUACUAAUAAUGCACUAAAGACUAACUCUAACCACACUGUUACGUAUUCAUGGUGCUGCCACACCGAGUUUCAAAGUGCAAUCAGAUAUCCAGCAUGCAUUAAGAAAACUCACACCAUGGCCAGAUUUAGGUGGUGGCCACUGAGAUGUAGGCCUUUACAGCAAAAGGAUAUUAGUGUAAAUUCAUUAGAGCGAGCAAUAGAGAUAAGUAUGUAAAUGUGUGCAUUCAGGAAAAAUAAUUGUAUUUCUAUGUUUUAAAUCCAUAAUCGAGUUGUUGCAAAGCAAAACAAUGCAUCUACCUUUUAUUUUUGAAAUAUUUAUCCUUUCUUGUCUGAGACAUGCACAAAAAAUAGUAUACAUUGGCACAGAAUUUUAAAAAUAAUAGUUUACAUAUUUUAUUUUACUGUAGGAUAGGAAUAGCUUUUCUUGUAAGGUUUGGUGGUUGCCACAGUGGAUAAUAAUAUUUGACUGUAUAUAUAUGGUACUUUUUGUUGAUUAUUUUUUAUACCUGUAAAUAGGUUGUACAUAUAAUAAAGACUUUCUCCUUCAA